GUCUGUAGCAUUAGCUGCCCUGUAUCCACGUUAUGAUUGAAGAGGAGGCAUCCAGUCACUGCAGGGUGGGAUGGCUGUGUUUAGCUAAGCAGAAGCUAGAGGUUUGCAAUGCCAGAAAGUAAACAGAGAGGACCAGGAAGAAGAGAGUGCUCCAAACGAAGUCUGAGGAAGGGAAGCAGCCGCUCAGCCAUCACCGCACUGUUCACCAUCACUGAGGAAGAGGAGGGACAGAGAUGGAGAGAUGGUAUCAGGAGUAAGACCAAAGCGUCCUACUAUCAGUCGGAAGAUGGCAGAGCAUCGUCAGCCACCCGGCCCGACUCGUCUGCCUCUGGACAGAUCUACACUCCCACUCCGACCUCCACGCCCACUCCCACCCGCACCGCCACGAGCACCAGCCCCAACAACCAAAGCACUGCAAUUAAAACAGACUCUUUGCUCUUCAACAAAACAGAUGAGCGGCUGAGGUUGGCCCGUGAGCGGCGAGAAGAACACGAGAAACAGAAUGCCAUCAAGGAGGCCGAGUGGCAGGCACGUGAGGAGCGAGCCAGGCAGCACUACCAGAAGCACCUGGAGGAGAGGAGGAAGAAGCUGGAAGAGCAGAGGAUAAAAGAGGACAAGAGGCGUGCCGCCGUGGAGGAGAAACGGCGACAGAAGUUGGAGGAUGACAAGGUUCGUCAUGAAGCGGUGAUGCGGCGCACUAUGGAGAGGGGUCAACUUACCAGACCGAAGACCAACCGCUGGUCCUGGGGUGGCGCUCUGCACCCCAACAGGCCUGACACACCCACCGGUUUUUUCGAGUCUGCUUUCCUCUAUCCACUCGACCUUGACGGACUGAAACACACGCAUGGUGCUUUCAGUCUCUCCCGCAGAUACGGAAUGACGUCCCAAUAUGCUGACAGACGAUCUGUGUCCACUGUGAAUUUAUCCAAACAUCACGACCCCGUCAUUACCAAGCGCCUAUCCUCGUCCUCAGCCACGCUGCUACACUCACCCGACCGAGGACUUCAGACCAGAGCAACCUCCUCACCUGCCAUUAACAAAGCUCAGUCCAAAACCCACCUAUACCAGGGAACCACCACCCUCCGCAAAUACACAGGCCCUCGCCGCCUGCCCCUGACGCCGUGGGAGAGCAAUAUGGUGAACCGUCUGCAGCAGCCAACACACUCCUAUCUGGCCCGUAGCCGCAGUGCCAUGAAUCUCACUGGAGAGCAAACAGCCAUGCCUGUAUGUCCUCGCUCAGUGUCCUGCCACCCCAUGGGCUCCAUGUCCUUCAAGACCAUGCAGACCCGCCCCCUCUCUCACAGCCACAGCCAGGAAAGGAGUCUCAGCAGAGAGACGACCUCGUCCGCGCCCGCCCGCAGGAGGACCACAGGGACAACACAGCCGCCACAGAAGAGUCGCGACUCUGUGAGGAAGUCAUGGAGCAACUUGUCUUUGCCUCUUGGUCCUGCUCUCACUUUACCUCUCAAAAUGCGCUCAUCUCCCCCAACGAAAAGGAACAGCUCAGCAUCCUCUCCCAGCAGGCCACCUCUUAAGGCCACAGCACGCCCUCCGACCCCCAAGAUGCUUAAGUCUCCGGGGGCAGAGGACCCUGGAAAUUUCCGCCCUGUCAGGGUGAUGUCGGACAUUCAUCGCCCUUCUACGCCCACCAAAACUCCAGAAGCGAAGGACGAGCAGGUCCUCGGUCCUCCUCAGCCGCUGGGCCACAACAAGAGCAGCAAAGAGCAGUCAACAACAACAACCAGCGAAAGCAUAAGCAGUCCCUCCACCCAGAAAGUUUCUGCUGGGACCACAGAUCGGGAGGAGGCAAGCCGCAUCUUGGCAGAGAACCGGCGGCUGGCCCGCGAGCAAAGAGAAAGGGAUGAAGAGGAGCGGAAGCAGCAGGAGGAGCAAGCAAGGUUGGCCAGUGAGGAGAUUGCUCGUCGCAAAGCUGAGGAGCGAUUGAAAAGGGAGGAGGAGGCCCAGCGCCAAGCCGUGGAGAGAAGAAUGAAAGAAGAGGAGGACAGAAAGAUGGAGGAAGAGAGACUGCAGAAAGAGAGAGAGGAGGCAGACAGAGCCCAGAAACAGAGAGAGGAGGAGGAGUCUCGGCAGAAAGAGGAGGCGGAGAAACUGAGGCAGGAAAGAGACAAACACUUUCAGAAGGAGGAGGCCGAGCGGCUAGAAAGAAAGAAGCGUCUGGACGAGAUCAUGAGGAGGACGAGACGGUCAGACACGACAGAGAAGAAAGUCACGCCCAGCAAGAACAGUGACAGCACAGUGGCCGCUGCCUCUCCCGGCCCAUCUGAAGGAACACCGCCUACCUCCCUUCAUGGCAACGGCAACGGAUGCCCACCUGACCCCAACAGCAGCCCUUCCACACCUCCUCUGCAGAGGGAGAACGGUGAGAUUGAGGAGGUGAUUGAACCGCCUUCGCAUUCCAGGUUGACUCCUCCUCCGAGUAUAGACGAGAUGGAGGAGGAUCAGCAGCAGCAAGGAGAGGUCAUGGCAUUCCGGGAGAACGGCCUUCCGAAGCCUCUGAUUGUUGUGGACGAUAUUUCGGCCCAGGAGGGAGCAGACGUGGCCUGAUGGUGUCGUGGGACGACAACGUGAUCCAGCUGCUGAGAGCCAGGAAGAAAGACUGUUUGUUUGCGGAGAAUUAUGUGGAAUCAAGAGUUUCUAGACGGGCUCUUUUUCCGCCAUUGCUGACCCCGGCCUGCAAAGAGACACAACAGCAAGCACCCGUUUUGUUUCCCCCCCAAGGAUGGUGACUCUAAAGAUCGACCCCAUUAAACAUCUCAGGAGAGGAAUGCUUCUGCUCACAUGAGAUGAUUGUGGCUAGAUGUUUUCUUUUCUCCCUCAUUCUGAAAUAACUGCCAGAUGAGCUGUAAAGUCUUUAAUUGUGAAAACUUGAGGUGUUGUUUUUUUUUGUCUUUCUUUUGCUUAAGACACUCUGAUCAGCGACAGCAAGGUCAGGACUGUCACUGGACUUCUCAUUUAUCCAAUCCAACUAUAUUUGUACAGCACUUUAAAAAACAGUGGACCAAAUCCUCUACAGAUUAAUUAUUAAAAGGCAACAAGAAACAGCUGAAACACACCUAAACAUUUAAAACAUAAAAACUUGAAUAAAACAACAAAAAAAGCCAAAAUAAAAUGGAAACAAUAAAAAAACGAAUCUACAACCAAAUACAAUACCAUAUGAGUAAGGAUAAAAAUAACUUUAAAAGUGCCAAAGAGAUUUAAAAACAGACAGGUAGGGCAGGGCCAGUCCAUUUAGGCAUUUAAAAAAAUACAUCCUUUAAAAAUGAAUUGAAGCCAGUGGAGAGAAGCUAAAAUGGGGGGAAUGUGCACGUAUUUACAAGUCCCAGUUAAAAGACGUAAAGUGCAUUAGAGUUGUGGCGGCUAGUAGACGCUCCUAGGGGAUGUGGGUGUGUGCUCCUUCUGAGCUUUGAUUUCAAAAUAUUAUUCAGAUGUAAUAAUAUUUGAUUCACCCAAAUUUGAAGCACCUGGCAGGACGCGCUCAGGAAAUAAUACCAUCCAGUUUUCUCUCUUCUCCCCAAGCGCUUGUCUGCUCCAUGCUGGUGUUGGUUGAAUGACUAAUUAUGUUACCUUCAUUUUACACUCUUUUUUUUUUUUUAGUUUGCAGGGAACACUCCAAACCAUUUGGGGGUUAGUCCUCAGUCUGGGCUUUUGUUUUGUGUUUAGCUGGUCGCCAAUUUGCAAAUAUUGUAGUUGAGUGUGUUGUUGCUACUUCUCAGGAAGCCUUGGAUGCCUACACUAAAGAGCGACUGCUCUCAACUGCUGAGUGUUGUUCCGUAACCGGGAUUGGUCACAGGCGACUAAAAGCUGCAGUAUAAGCGAAAUUGCUCGAGUUGGGUUUAAUUGAACACAUUGAUUCUUCUUCAAGUAAGGUUUAACAUUUGAGCAGCAAAACUAACUAAUUGUUGAUGUUGAGAAAAUGAAAGACUGAUUGGAAUUUUAAAAAGAAAUGUCAUUUUGACGUAACUUGAGGUUGUUGCCAUCAUUCAAUGAGCAUUUUUUGUUUUGUUUUGAUGUGUAUUUCUGGCCUUGUCACCCCCUCUGUGGCAGGAGGGCAACGCGGCAGUGCGGCUGGAUCAAAAGACACGUUGGAGACGCUUUGCUGAACAAAAAGUUGUUUUAUUACAAGCGAGUGUCAUUAUACAGGUCUGCAGUACCUGGAGGAGCUCCGGUAAAAACUGAAGGACUCCUCACUUUUCGAAGCCAAACCACCUUCUUAUAUUCCUUCUUUCUCUGUCUCGGUGUGUGUUAAUUCAGGAUAGUACAACCUGACCAUGUAAGGAGAUGUUCAUGUGUAAGUGAGUGGGAAGACAUCAGAUGUAUACCAUAACUUGUAGGUUGACGUUAAGAUAAGCAUGGAAUCUCUCCUCCAGGAUAGAGCUAUAACUUUUGCAUUCCGAAGCCUGGUUUUAUUGCUUCUUCUCGUGAGAGUGCUAAUUCCAGUCCAACUAAGGCUCCUUAAUUUAAUAUGGGCUCAACCAUUAUUUAUUUAAACCUGGUGGUUCGCUUUCUUCAAGUUGAAUAAAAACAUUCACCACAUGUAGAACAU